AUGGCAGAUCUUCCUGUUGAUCGGCUCACCCCAGGACCCCCAUUUACAUCUGUAGGACUUGACGUAUUUGGUCCAUGGCCGGUGGUUACCAGAAAGACGCGUGGUGGGUCUGCUCAGAGCAAAAGAUGGGCUGUGUUAUUUUCUUGUCUAACCACACGUGCGGUUCACAUCGAAGUUAUAGAGGACAUGUCUAGCUCAUGUUUCAUCAAUGCCCUACGACGCUUUGUAGCCUUGCGCGGUCCAGUUAAACUCUUUCGCUCUGAUAAGGGCACUAAUUUUAUUGGAGCCGUGAACGACCUCAAUGUGAAUGCGGUAAAUGUCGAAGACAAGAUGGUCCAGACCUACCUGAAGGAUAACAGAGCAACCUGGUUGUUUAAUGCUCCCGAAGCAUCUCACAUGGGGGGUGUUUGGGAGCGGGCUAUUGGCAGUGCUCGCAAGAUCUUGGAUUCUAUGCUUCUUCAAGAAGGGCCUAAAGAUCUGACACAUGAGGUGCUAGUUACGCUUAUGGCCGAAGUUUGUGCAAUUCUCAACUCCCGCCCGAUAGCGGCAAUUGAUACAGACCCAUCGUCUCCUAUGGUAUUGAGUCCAAACAUUUUACUGACCCAGAAGCAGGGAGAGAUUGGAACAAUCUCGGACCAUUUGAGCAUCAAAGAUAUGUACUCUGCAAGUUGGAAACAUGUCCAGGUGUUAUCUGAUAUGUUUUGGAAAAAGUGGCGUGCCACCUAUUUGGAGAGUUUACAGAGGAGACGUAAAUGGUGUUCUAGCAAACAGAAUCUGAAGACCGGAGACAUUGUUUUGUUGCGCGAGAAAGAUGUUCAUAGGAAUAUGUGGCCAUUGGGGAUAGUCGAGCGCCCAAUUGAGAGCAACGACAAAUUGGUCCGAAAGGCUGUCAUCCGUGUUGUCAAGGAUGGAAAGGUGACAACCUACACCAGACCUAUUGCGGAGAUGGUACUUCUUCUGGAAUAG